AUGGGACUGCUCCGAGACACCAUCGGGUCCGCCCUCUCGGGCCCCAGCGUCAACAAUGGCUUGAACGGACGAAAGCUGCCGCUCCGGGGAUCUAGAGCUUCGCACAACGACAGCAGGCGACCCUCCCCGGGAUCAACAGCCUACAGGUCGCCCGAGCCUCGACGCAGAGACCACAAGUACGACCAACAAGAAUACGGGACCUCGUCGCCGUACGACUCCAGAGACAACAACGGCCAGUGGCAGUACCAGCGUGAUGCGCACGGGUACAGGUACGAAGGCGAAGGACACUACCCGGGCCGCCGACAAUACUCAGCCCCGGAGAGACGUCCUUCGACCAGCAGGCAAACAUAUCAACCGUCCUCCCCUCAACGCAGGCAGAAAAAUGAAUACGAACAUCAAGAAAGGGAAAUCGGCCCUCCUCCGUCAUACAGUCUUUACCCAGUUCCGUCGUCCCCGGCACGCUUGACAGGAUAUUCCAACGACGAUGAAGGCCGUCGAAGCUUCACGGGCAACAACGCCGGACACCGAGAUGAUUAUCGUGAUCGUCAAGGCACUUCUCACCCGCGACCAAGGUCCAUCGAUCAGUCUCCCUACCGUCCGAGAGCGGGGCGUGACGUCGACCGACAGUUUCGUCCUCUCGCCCUGCCGCAGAUAGACUACCACGACUCAUCGCCGUUUCUGCGAGGAUACAGCGACGAGCUGCAGCGAUACGGAAUCUCGGAGCGGGCAUUUUUGGAAGUUCUGGAUGCCAUCAAUGUGGCCCGCAUUCCCAACCCGGAGGUGAAACUCUUUCAAGCAGGAGCAACCAUUGCCGGAUUUUUCGUACCUGGUGCUGCAGCCAUUGGGUUGAUGGCAGGGCAAGUGGGAGUCGGACUAGCAAGUCACUUUGGCCACGCGUCGCUUGUGAACAGAGUCCUCUCCAAAGCCAACCUGAACAUGUUUAUCCCGAACGGACUGGAAAUAUGUAUCUGCAAAGCAAAAGACGUCGACGGGGAACUCGGUCUCUCUCCGAACGAUGUACAGAUGCGAUUCGUUCCCGGUUCCUAUCCACAAGACAAAGUUGCUGCGUACGGUGACCUUCUUGCCCCCUUGACUAGCGUCCUGGGACCGGCGCAGAGCGGCGGCCGAAACGACCCAAUUGCCGGGGUAGGAAAAUUUCUAAACAAUCGGUCGGCGCAGAGGAAGGUGAAAGACGCUCAGAAAAACGACGCCGAAGGCAAGGAUAAGGGAAUGAGCCACAUCGAGAAUUCACUGAAAUGGAUAAUGGUGAGGAAAGCGUCGCCGGGUGCCGUCGAACACUGGCAGAUGACUCUGAGGAAGAGUGAUCAAGAGGCAGAGGCAGAGCAAGCCCAAGCACAACAACACACGACGACGUCGCCUCGGAAUCGACACCGGUAA